CCAAACCCUACCAAAUCGAUGGCCGACGGCGGCAACUGCGGGCCGGGCGGCGGCAAUGCAUCGGCGCCGGUGUGCAGUUUCGUGAGGAAACCACCCAAGAACAUCCGGAAGCGCCCCGCCGCGCCCGCGGGGUCUGAUGACGACGACGACGGCGGCGGCGGCGCCCUCGCCGCCGCGCGCUCCAAGAAGGGGCCACCGUCCUCAACCGCUGGCAAGCUCGUUUUCUCCACCGCAGGUGCUUCCUCCGAGGCGCCGCGGUUCCAGUACGAAUCGUCCCGGACGAUCCAGUCCACGGACACCCGCGCAACUGCCACGCUCGAGACGGAGACGGAGUUUGACCGCGACGCGCGCUCCAUCCGCGAGAGACAGCUCAAGCAGGCCGAGGAGUCCCUCAAGAAGAACCCCUCCGCUGUUGCUGCUUCCGCCUCCGCCUCCACCGCUGGAGAGGUGUACAAGGGGAUCCACGGCUACACGGACUACAAGGCUGGGUUCCGACGGGAGCACACGGUAUCUAGCGAGAAGGCCGGCGGUUCGCAUGGUCCGCUCCGGGCGUCCGCGCACAUUCGCCUCUCCCAGCGGUUUGACUACCAGCCCGACAUCUGCAAGGACUACAAGGAGACGGGGUACUGUGGUUACGGCGAUUCCUGCAAAUUCAUGCACGACCGAGGGGAUUACAAAUCCGGGUGGCAGCUCGAGAAGGAAUAUGAGGAGGCUGAGAAGGCCCGCAAGCGACGAAUUGCCAUGGGUGGUGGUGGUGAGAGUGAUGAUGAGGCAGCAGAUGACGAGGAUGAGGAGGAGGCGCUGCCCUUUGCCUGCUUCAUUUGUCGGGAGCCAUUCGUUGAUCCAGUGGUCACCAAAUGCAAGCACUACUUUUGUGAACAUUGCGCUUUGAAGCACCACUCGAAGAACAAGAAGUGCUACGUCUGCAACAAACCGACGCUGGGCAUCUUCAACGCUGCACAGGAGAUCCGCAAGAAGAUGGCACAGGACAAGAAGCAGCAGCAGCAGGAGUAGGAGAGCUCAAAACACACCGUUGCUAAUUUAGCUGUGUUGUACAACGAUGAUUGGUGCGAUAACUAGAGUCCGGUAUUUUUCGCCAUCAGAUAAAAGAGACCAAGUUUUGAACGAUCACAAUGAAUGCAUUCAGAUCCAGUCACUAGAUCCCUACCCCCAGACAGGCCAUGGUGCCUGUUGGUUCCUGGCGAUGGGCAAAGCUCCAAAGGUACAGUGCUAGACUGCCAAUGUGUUUGUUUGUUGCAGGGCACCCGAAGCUCUUAUCUUUGAUACAGUAGUAGCAAUCGUGUCGUGCAGUCUGACUUUGAGAAUUCCCGCUAGGCUUUCGAGCGUGCUGGCCUUGGUGCCUCUGCUCACGCCUUUCCCCGUCUUGUUUGUGCUCCUCAAGUGCCUUUAUUAUCAGUCAAGGUGUUACCAACACUUGUUAU